AAGACCCUUCUCAGAAUCCCAUAUAACAUAAAACCACUUUCUCUCUCUAUCCUUCCUAUUUAAAUUUCUUCCGAUCAAUCAUAGUCAACAUGUCUCAGACUGUUGUCCUCAAGGUUGCCAUGUCAUGCGAAGGCUGUGUUGGGGCCGUAAAGAGGGUUUUAGGCAAAAUGGAAGGUGUGGAAUCCUUCGAUGUUGAUCAGAAGGAGCAAAAAGUGACGGUGAAAGGCAAUGUGCAGCCGGAAGCAGUUCUUCAAACUGUUUCCAAAACUGGUAAGAAGACUUCCUUCUGGGAAGAAGGAGCAUCUGUUGCUGCCACUUAAUUUGAUCCCCACGAUAGCUCUUUCGGAGUAAGCUGUGUAUCAACUGGUUAGCAUGGUGCACUUACGACGAGUAUUUAUGAACUGUGGAGUGUUAUGAAAGGAUUUACUUGAGUGUAAGCUAAAUAAUUUCUUGCCUGCUUUUCCAAUAUGAUCUUCUGUACUAAGGAGUAUUAUAGUUUAUGAAUAGAAGAAAGUGUAUUCCUUAUGAUGUCA